GCCGCGCCGCCUCUCCACAAAAGAGCUCAGGCCCGGCCCGGCGGCUUGGAGCGCUGGCGGCCCGGCAGGGGCUCUUUGUUCGCCGGUGGGGCGGCCCGGGAGCAGCAGGCGGAGGGACAGGCGGGCCGGAGUGCGGCGGGGCCGUGGGCGGCGCAGAGCAGGAGAGCGCCGCGGCUGGCGGGCAUGAAGGGGCGGCGGGGCGCCGUGCCCCGCUCCGCCGUCCUCCUCCAGCAGCGCCCUCCGCAGUGAGGCUGGGCGUGGGCCGGCGGCGCCUCUUCCUCCUGCUGCCGCCGCUGCUGCGGUCUAUGGCGGAGGCCCCCGGGCGAGGAUGGCGGGGCCGGCGGGCGUAGGGGGCCCCCCAGGCGCCAUGGCGGAGUGGCGGCAGUGCGGGCGCUGGCUGAUCGACUGCAAGGUGCUGCCCGCCAACCACCGCGUGGUCUGGCCAUCGGCCGUGGUCUUCGAGCUGGCGCAGGCGCUGCGGGACGGCGUGCUCCUCUGCCAGCUGCUGCACAACCUCUCGCCCGGCUCCGUCGACCUCAAGGACAUCAACUUCCGUCCGCAGAUGUCGCAGUUCCUCUGCCUGAAGAACAUCCGCACUUUCCUCAAAGUCUGCCAUGACAAGUUCGGCCUCCGGAACAGCGAGCUCUUCGACCCCUUCGACCUCUUUGACGUCAGGGACUUCGGAAAAGUCAUCUCAGCGGUUUCCAGACUUUCUCACCACAGCAUUGCUCAGAACAAGGGCAUCAGGCCCUUCCCUUCAGAGGAGACCACUGAAAAUGAGGAUGAUGUCUACCGCAGCUUGGAGGAACUGGCAGAUGAGCAUGAUUUGGGAGAGGACAUUUACGAUUGUGUCCCGUGUGAAGAUGAAGGAGACGACAUCUACGAAGACAUCAUCAAAGUGGAGGUGCAGCAGCCCAUGAAAAUGGGCAUGACAGAAGAUGACAAGAGAAACUGCUGCUUGUUAGAAAUCCAAGAAACAGAAGCCAAGUACUACAAGACACUGGAAGAGAUCGAGAAGAACUACAUGAAUCCAUUAAGGCUAAUCUUGACUCCACAAGACAUGGGAGCCAUAUUCAUCAACUUGGAGGACCUUAUUAAAGUGCACUUCAACUUUCUCAGAUCCAUCGAUGUCUCCAUGAUGGCUGGUGGAAGCACCUUGGCCAAAGUUUUUCUUGAAUUCAAAGAAAGGCUUUUGAUCUACGGCGAGUACUGCAGCCGGAUGGAGCACGCACAGACUACCCUGAAUCAUCUCAUGGCCAACCGAGAGGAUGUACGGCAAAAAGUUGAGGAAUGUACCAUGAAGGUCCAGGAGGGGAAGUUCAAGCUCCAGGAUCUGCUGGUGGUGCCGAUGCAGAGAGUCCUGAAGUAUCACCUCCUGCUCAAAGAGCUGCUCAGCCACUCGUCUGACCGGCCGGAGAAGCAGCAGCUGAAAGAAGCGUUGGAGGCCAUGCAGGACUUGGCCAUGUUCAUCAAUGAAGUCAAACGGGACAAAGAGACCCUGAAGAAAAUCAGUGAAUUCCAGAGCUCCAUAGAAAACCUGCCGGUGAAGCUGGAAGAAUAUGGGCGGCCAAAGAUCGAUGGGGAACUGAAGGUCCGCUCCAUCAUCAACCACACGAAGCAGGAUCGGUAUUUGUUUUUGUUUGAUAAAGUGGUGAUUGUCUGCAAGAGGAAAGGCUACAGCUAUGAGCAGAAGGACAUCCUGGAGCUGCUCUGUUACAAGAUGACCGAUGACCCCACCAACAACAAGGACAUCAAGAAGUGGUCUUACGGCUUCUACCUCACCCACCUUCAAGGCAAACAGGGAUUCCAGUUUUUCUGCAAGACGGAAGAGAUGAAACGGAAGUGGAUGGAGCAGUUUGAAAUGGCCAUAUCCAACAUUAAGCCCGAGAAAGCUACGGCGAACAAUCACCAGUUCCAGAUGUUCACCUUUGACAAGACCACCAACUGCAAAGCCUGCAAGAUGUUUCUAAGGGGGACCUUCUACCAAGGCUACCAGUGCCUGAAGUGCAAGGCGGGCGCCCACAAGGAGUGCCUGGAGGUCAUCCCACCCUGCAAGUUCAGUUCUCCUGCUGAGCAGGAAUCACUGAAUCAAGGCCCUAAAAUGGUGGCCCUCCAGAAUUACCAUGGCAACCCAGCUCCACCAGGGAAACCCGUCUUAACUUUCCAGAUGGGCGAAGUGAUUGAGCUGCUCCGAGGGGAACCGGAUUCCCAGUGGUGGGAGGGGAGGCUUGUCGUGUCCAAGAAAUCCGGCUAUUUUCCCAGCUCAUUGGUUAAGCCUUGCCCAGUGGACGCCCGGCCUCCCAACAGCCGCCCUCCUUCACGAGAGAUGGACUAUUCCACGUACCCCUGGUUUGCAGGCAGCAUGGAGAGGCAGCAGACGGACCUCCUGAAGCAGCACGCCAGCGGGACCUAUCUGAUCCGGGAGAGGCCAGCUGAAGCCGAGCGUUUCGCCAUCAGCAUCAAGUUUAAUGACGAGGUGAAGCACAUUAAAGUGGUUGAAAAAGAGAACUGGAUCCACAUCACAGAAGCCAAAAAGUUUGAAAGCCUCUUGGAAUUGGUGGAGUACUACCCCCAUUCGCUGAAGGAGAGCUUCAAACAGCUGGACACGACCUUAAAGUAUCCCUACAAAUCCCGGGAACGCUCAGCCUCAAGAACCUUAGCUCGGUCCCCGGUCUUCACCCCUCGGGCCAUCGGGACUGCAGUGGCCAGGUACAACUUUGCUGCCCGGGACAUGCGGGAGCUCUCCCUGCAGGGGGACGUGGUGAAGAUUUACAGUCGGAGCGGGGAUCAAGGCUGGUGGAAGGGAGAGGCCAACGGCCGAAUUGGCUGGUUCCCUUCGACCUAUGUGGAGGAGGAGGGGGUGCAGUGAUGCCCAGGCUGGCAGGAGCUUCUGUCCCCAAGGGCAGCCCCGGCCUGUCUCUGGGCCUCCGAGGGAAACAGGACUGUUCUUCCAGCACUGAGAAGAGACCCACCCUGGCCCCCUCCGCAGCCCCUGGGUGGGAGUGCAUGAGGGGCAUGUGCAGCGGCUGGGGGCAGUGUGCGCAUGGGCAAGGCACAGCUGCUUCUCUUCUGCAAAUUUCCUGGCACGGAAGAACCAAACACCGUUUGCAGAAAACCACGAAGCCUCUGGGAAAGGAAGGAAGGCAGGCAGGAGCCGAUGGCCUGGCCAGAAGGGGCUGCACUACAAAGUCUUCUGAGGUGUGGAAGAUGGGCUUGGUGGCUCUGAUGCUUGGGUGGGAUACUAGAAGAAAUGCUUCUCUAGGGUUUGGGAGGCCCAGGAGGAUGUGCAAAGAGGGCCCUUGGGUUAGGAAUUUUGUGCGGGGGGGGGGGCUUCUGCAAGUCCCAG